AUGUCUAGCAAUCGCAGCAAGAAACCGAGCAGUAGCAAAGGCCAUGCUGCUGGUGCAAACAAGUCGGUUCUAUCUCUGACUUCGCCAGCGAAGCUCAAUGUCAUUUCGCAAGAUUGGUCACGAAUGACCUCCAAAACUGCACCUGGGAAGAUCGAAAAAAGACAGUCGUCCGCCGGCUCACUUUCGAAUGUUACAAACAUUAAGAAGGGCGUUAAGGCACAAAGCCAGAGACCCUCUUUGCAUCAUGUGCCGCCUUUACUUCGACAUUCGUCGUCCUUUUUCAAAGAUGACGCGGAUGUGAGCGAAAGUCGGCUUCCGAUAUCCCAGGAAUCAGAAGACGUUUUUCCCAGUACAGACAGAUUCAUUCCUUUGAGGAAAGAGAACUCGUUUUCUCUUUCCAAACUGGAACCUUCAGCGCUCGAGGAAGAGGUUCCUCCGCCUAGUGCAUCACCAUCGGCGCAUCUGCGUGCUCAAACCAAGAGAGUUUUCAAACAAAAUGUUGCAGAAGCAUGUGGUCUGGACAUCGAACAGCGCAUUCUGCAAUACGUUCCCAAGCCACCGCCCUCGUCUUUUAACAAAAACUCUUACUCCAUCAGCAACCGAUCCCAUUAUUCAUAUUCCUCCAAAGGAAGCUCUGCCACAAAUGGUGAAUUAGCGAAACUACGCAAAGUCAACUCGAAUCCUGAAAGAAUCCUGGAUGCUCCGGGCUUCCAAGAUGAUUUUUAUUUAAAUUUGCUCAGUUGGUCAAACAAAAAUGUUCUUGCCAUUGCUCUGGACUCAGCUCUUUACCUUUGGAAUGGAGACAGUGGGGACGUCACGCUCUUGGUCGAUUACGAACAGCCUUGCGCCAUAUCGAGCGUCACCUGGUCCGAUGAUGACUGCCAUCUGUCCAUUGGCAAAAACGACGGCAAUGUCGAGAUCUGGGACGUUGAGACGUCUUCGCAUGUUAGAACAAUGCGUUCUGGGCUAGGGGUCCGUAUUGGAUCUCAAUCAUGGCUAGACACCCUCAUUGCCACAGGAGCGAAAAGUGGCGAAAUUCACAUCAACGAUGUACGCAUCAAAAACCAUAUCGUUUCCACUUGGGACGAACACAGAGGCGAGGUUUGUGGGCUGAGUUAUCGCCCUGACGGUUUACAACUAGCAUCAGGAAGUAAUGACAAUACUGUCGUCCUUUGGGACACUCGAACGUCUCUGCCACAGCAAGUGAAGAGACAGCACACAGCAGCCGUAAAGGCAUUAGCAUGGUGUCCCGAUGUCAGCAAUUUACUUGCCACGGGCGGUGGGCAAACCGACAAGCAUAUUCAUUUUUGGAACACCACAACAGGAGCCAGAAUAGGAUCCAUUAACACAGGAUCUCAAGUGAGCUCCUUAAAUUGGGGCCAGAGCUCUGGUAGCAGUGGCAUGCAGCGCGAAAUCGCUGCCACGGGAGGAAAUCCAGAAAACGCUAUAUCUAUCUACAACUACGAUACGAAAUUCAAAGUAGCUGAGAUUGUUCAUGCACAUGAAGCACGCAUAUGUUCCAGUCACCUUUCUCCGGAUGGUACAACACUAGCCACGGUUGGUGGGGAUGAGAAUCUCAAAUUUUUCAAGAUUUUUGAUUCUUCGCAGAGACGCCAACUGCUGGCUGGGGACACAGACAGCAUAUUGGGACUGCUUAGCUGCGCAGACAGAUGCAACGACGAUAGCAGCAGGUCACCAUCAAAACGCAAGUUUUCUGACUUUCUCAUUAGAUAA